GGUGUUUGCGUCCGCGGCUUGUCCGCGGCGCGGCGCGGCACUACGUGGGCGUGGUCGUGGGCUUCUCGUUGAUGUCGUCGCGGAGUGCAACCGAGGUGCAACCCUUCUGGACCCACCCCUGCCGUAGCUUGACUUCCCCGCCGCGCGGCCCGAACGCAGUGCAGGAAACCUCAAGUGUGAAGAACACCGGUUUGUCUCGCUGUUCACGUCAGGCCGGGAUUAUUUCUGAGCCUGAAACACAAUGCCAGUGAUAUUGCGUCGUGAACUGAUUUAUUUGCACAUUUGGACGCUACGUGCGUUCCUUUCAUGGUGAUUUUAGCAUGAUUGAUAGUUGGCUUCAAGCCGAUGUGUUGGUCACGUGAUUUCUUACAGUUUCAAUUGUUUUUCCCCUUUCCUCCCCACUUUUCUUUCCACUUGUUUACGUCGUGCACUCCGUGAAACGCCACAAAAUUCGGACGAAAACUUUGAUUGACUGAAAAAAAUAAGUUAGAAUAGCAUGUGAAAAUGACGACCCUACGCAGUAAUACCAGUUUUAAAUCUUCUGUUAGUUGAACUAUGGGGUGUCACGCUCACCAACAUAUUGAUUGACGUCUAUUGUGCUCAUUCUGAGCACUCAUUUGUGGUUAAUGUAAUUAUAGUUUUAUUUGGAGCAGCUGGAGACGAAAGGCUUCGUGCUUCUAGUGUAUAAAAUUUUAAUGUGAUACUUAGUUAGCAACCUCUAGUCUGGUUACUCGAAUUAUUUUGAAAUGGGGCACACACUCUUAGAUGUUCUGCACAGAAGUGGAAAUUUUAUUGUCGUUAACAAGGACUGCGACUGUCUCAUUAACAGCAAUGACCCUGAAAAAAUGGAUACCGUUGCCUCCAAGCUUUGCAACACGUUUCCCAUGCUUAUCAACCCCAAACUAUUUCAUUCAUUUUACUUCGUACAUCGCCUUGAUUAUUCAUGUAGUGGUGCACUGUGUGUUGCUCUGAAUAAAGCUGCUUGUGCUGCUGCUAGCAGGGCAUUUGUGAAUCAGCAGACGAUUAAAUACUACUUGGCACUGGUACGAGGACAUGUGAAAGAAAAUUUGAUGGACAUAUACAAUCCAAUAGGGAAAGAUGAUAGAGAGCAUGGAAUUGGUACAAGUAAUCGGAUGUGUGUUGAAGGACCGCACUGCGUCGAGCCAAAGCAAUCUCACACUAGGUUACUCGUACUUGAAAGGGGCUUGUAUAAUGGAGACCCAGGAACCAAGGUGCUCUUGAGGCUCUACACUGGCAGAAGGCAUCAAUUGAGAGUUCAUUGCUCCCACAUUGGACACACAAUCAUAGGGGAUUACACCUACAGCAAUCGCUCUGACUUGUCUCCACCCAGGAUGUACCUCCAUUCAUUUCGGCUUGUUAUUCCAAAUGAUGUGGAGCGCUUAGAAAUCCAGACUCCCGACCCUUUUACAGAAGAGCAGCUGGAUGGGAAUUGGCAGGCCCAAGAGCUUGUUCAUUCUUUGAAUGAAGACACAUACCAGUUGGUUGAGAACUGGUCAGAAGAAAGGAGAUAAUCCUUUGUGAGAAAAACCAAAUCAAAAAAUGUAGGUAUGAGAGAUUAAAGAAAAAAGAUCUGAUA